CGCGGACCUUCAAAUGCCAACCGGUCCCUCUGAUCGACUGCGUGCCUGUCAUCUUCCUCGUGCAUCCAUCUGGCCCCAGUCAUUCCUUAUCACACCCCUUGCUCAGUUGCUUUUUUUCCUUUUCCCCUCAUUCUUUUAACAAUCCUUUCCUUCUACCAUCCCCUAUGCCCACGUGGAUUAUCUAAAGCCAAGUGAGCCGCUCGAGGCCAUCAUGGCCGAACAAAACGCGCAGGAAUCCCCGGCCUGGUCCGAUUCGGAUGUGGCGCCCCCCGUUGUUGAGAAGAAACGCCGCUUGCCCCCGUUUCUGGACCAUUUCAAUGGCCGCGAUCUCAAGAUUUUCUUUCGAUGCUGGGUCGCCGCCUGGGUGGCUUGUCUGUUGAUCUUUAUCCAUCCCUCGCUGGAAAGCAUCGGCACAGCAACAUUUUUUGCCGCUCUCGUUUUGUUGAUGUUACCCCCGUCUGGGGUCGUCUUUAUUUACCUUCUGGGUGCGCUGUCUCUGUUUAUCGGUAUCUGUCUAGCUUGGGCAUGGGGCGUCAUCACCAUGAAGGCUGCCCAAGCGGCCAGACCGGCGGCCGAGACGCAGGCCAAAGUGGCUGCGCUGCAGCAGCUCGCCGUGUCGCAGGCGCAUAACUCGACGUACUCCCCGACCGAAAUCGCGCAGCGAUUGGUUUACGAUGGGUACAUGCUAGAUGCACGGGUCACCGCCGUCACGUUCUGUCUCAUCUGCACGUUUAUCUACUUCAUGGCGCGACUCCGAGCCAGUAAUCCCAAGGCCGCUUUGACAUCCAUCUUUGCAAUCAUCAUUUCCGACCUGUUCCUGAAUUAUACCCCCCUUCUGCCCUCGUUUGCGGGCACCCUGCCCCUCACGCUCGUCAAACCCGCCGCCAUUGGAGUCGGACUUGGCCUGGCAUGCUCGAUCCUCUUCUUCCCUCAGUCGACGUCGCACGUGGUCUUGGAUAACAUGGAAGAUAUCGUCCGACUUCUUCAACCGCCUCUAGCGAUCACGGCCAACACACUCGGCAAGGAGGAGCAACCGGACCCCGACCAACUGCGCGUGACACAAGCACAGAUUAUCCAAAAAUACCGAGGCAUGGUGCCUGCGUUGGCGUUCUUGCCCCUCGACUUUUCCGUUGGGUGCUGGGGGGCGGAGGAUGUCGCGUCGUUUCAGGGCCCGUUGCGAGACGCCCUGUUUGCGGUCUUGUCGCUUCUAGAUUUUAACAUUGCUCGCAUCGCUGGCCAGGCUCGUACGGAGGACCUUCUGCGGAGGUAUGUCGACGAGAGAGUUGCGGAUGGGCAGGAGAAGCCGGCACGCGAGGUGGGUGAGCACCAGCUCACCCAGCUUGCCGAGCUGCUGAAUGGAUUCCGCAGCCCGGACAGCCAACCGCUACGCAAAGAGGUCGUCCAGGAUUUGGCCCGGACCAGCGCAACGGCCAUCGAUGCUUGUACGGAAGGGCUGAGCGUUGUUCAAGAGUGUAUCCACCUCGUGAACUGUCGACGUUGGUUCCAGCAACCGAAAUCGGCUGAACGGGAGCAGCUGCAGCAACGCUGUGACAGUGCACUCGAGACCCUGCGCAAGGCGCGCUCGGCCUUCAUCAACGACAUGAGUGAGAUUUUAAUGGGCGAGCACGACCAACGGAUGGUGGACCAGGCCCAGCAAUCCCGGCCGCUCAUGUUCGUUCUGGUUUUCGAAGAGCACAUCUCCAACACCGUGGAGAAGACCGAGGCCCUGCUCGCACGGGUAUCGACGGUCUUUCAAGAAUCCACCAAGGUCCGCCUUUACUUGCCCACCCGACUUCGGUACGCCGCUUCCUGGGCGUCUUCUAAGGAGGUCAAAGCCCCGGGGACGCAGACGACUGAAGACGAUCCGGAUCGCGUCAGUCUCGACGACGUCGCCAAGUCCGCGCAGGAGAAAUUCCGUGCCACCCGAGGAUAUCGCACGAAGCAGCGCCAUCCGUUCAGUCGAGCUGUUCUCGGCAUCUACCACUGGUUCACCUGCGACGAGGGUCUGUACGCUCUGCGGAUGGUCGUGGUCACGAUCGCCCUGGGCAUUCCCGGCGUGAUCCCUCGCAGUGCGAGCUUUUACUACCGCGUGAAGGGACUUUGGGCGCUGAUCAUGGGGCAGACGGGUCUGGUCGUGUACAUGGCGGAUUUUACGUUCUCCAUGAUCGCGAGGAUCACCGGGACCGUGAUUGGGGGGGUCUUGGGGCUGUUGGCGUGGUAUAUCGGCUCCGCGAAUGGACCGGGCAACCCGUAUGGGUUGUCGGCCAUCACCGCCGUGGUGCUGGCGAUUCUCAUCUGGGUGCGACUGUAUCUGCCGCCGAGCUUGCUGCAGGGUGGCAUUAUCGGGGCGGCUACCUUUCUGCUGGUUAUCGCGUAUAGCUAUGAUGAUACGCAUAUUCCUCAGUAUGGUAACCCGGGAGUUGGCUACAGCGUCUUUUGGAGACGGCUGGUGCUGGUGCUGGUGGGCGUUACCGCGGCCGCCAUCCUGCAGCUUCUACCCCGUCCUCCUUCGGCCUCUCGACAUGUCUGCAAGACGCUUUCCCGCACCGUGCGAACGCUGUCGACUCACUACGCGCUUCUUCUCUCGGUCUGGGGGCAAGGGUCCAACGAGGGCAGAGCGCUCGCGGAACCCUUGUCCCUGCAGGUGGCCGAAUCUUUGGUCACGCUCGAGGGACCGAUCCAGUUGCUCAAGUUCGAGUUUUCGAGCUCCCGCUUCGAUAGUGAAUCGCUGGGCAAGGUGAAUACCCUCUGCCGCAGCCUGAAUCGACAGCUCGCCCGACUCCUGCUGCUGUCGUCGUCCCUUUCGCAGGAGUUCCAGGAACAGGUGGCGCGACAGACGGGGCUCCUGGACCACCGGCUAGUGGGGCAGGUUAUGGCGGUGAUGGGAAUCUGCGAGCAGGCGUUGAAGACGGGGGAUGCCCUGCCCGAAAUCCUCCCCACGCCGUUGUUCAAGCAGGCGGUGGACCAGUGGUCCCGGGGCCGACGGGGGGAGCUGAUCUCGGGGGAGAUGAUGCGGGAUGAGGGGUAUCGGAAGUUUUGCGUGGCGGCGAGUGCGUACUUUGGGUUUCUGCUGACGGUGGAUGAGCUGGUGCUGGUGGUGAAGGGGGUGUUGGGUGAGGCGCAUCUGGUGGGACGAGAGGGGAAUUGGCUGUUGGGAGAUGUUGAGCGUGAUUGACACAUAAGAGUAUAGUAGUGAGCGUCUUCACCGUGCAGUUCACACUUAACCGCACGUAUCUAAUCAGUCUGGUGAUCCAGAAUAAACAAAUCCUUCAUCUGUCAC